CCAGCGAGAUAUAAGAAUAACAAUAAUAACAGGGGAACGACGCUGGAAAAAAACCUCACGGCGAGGAGGAGGAGCGCACGCACGCUGACGCGCGGGAACAACCCCAGGUCGGAAUGUUGAGUCGAGCUUUGUGAAAUUGAGAGACGGGGAGGGGAGGGAGGGAGGUACACACACACACACGGAGAGAUAAGAGAUGCUCGGGGAGAUUACGCGCAGGGGCUACGCGCUGAGAGACACACGGGGAACGAGUGAUACGCAAGAGACGGACGUACAUAAAGACGCACGCACAGACGUACAAACAGGGCGAGACGCAACGAGGCGUACGACACGCAGACACACACGGAGCGACACGGACGCACGGCGGGCGAGACGCGGUCGACACGGACGCGCGCGCAGACGUCUCAACGAGACGCGGCGACUAGCACGUACGGUGCGAAAGAAGCUCAGCGUGAAAUAGGCGCGCAUACGCCGACAGACGGGCACGCACGAACGCGCAACAGGCCACCGUGCAUUCCCGCACGUCGCGAGUAGUCAUCAUCCGUGACAUCUGAUCCGCCGCUGCUGCUGCUGAUGAUGAUCAUCAUGGUGAUGCCGACGAUGAUGAGAACGAUGCAUCUGCUGCUGCUGCAGCUGCUGCUGCUGAGUAUCCCCGCCUCGCUGGCGGCCGAGGACGGCAACCCAGCGCAGUUCGGCCAGUUCCAGGACGCGGGCUACGCCGACGACCGCCACCCGGCGUUGUUCUUCGGCGCGCGGGACGUGGCCGGGCUGCGCGCAUCGGCGGGCGCGUCGAGCCACGCGCACAUCGCGAGCCGCCUGCGGGAGGCGGCGCUCACCAUGAUGGAGCGGAGAGACGACCACCUCCCGCCCUGGGAUCCGCUCGAGUUCGGCGCCGUCUGGAACGAGAUCUACGGCAACAACCUUGCAGCCAUGGCCUUCUACAGCUUCCUGUACCCGGAGGACGCCGGAGCCAGAGACUUCACCAUCGAGUACAUGGACAGAAUGGCAGCGCAGCCCAGUUGGGUGGCGGUUGCUCUGCCGAACCAGCCGGUGCUCGUCGCCUACUCGCUGGCCGCCUUCGCCACCGCGUACGACCUCGCGCACGAGGGGCUGGACCCGGGGAGGCGGUGCAAAUACGCCGAGACCAUAGCGGCGGCCGCGAGGAAUCUUUCUUCAUCCGUCAGCGCCGACGCCUGCUGCCUGGGCAGCCGCGACUCUUCGACCCAGGCCGUGGCGAUGAUGACUGCGGGGCUGGUUCUCUUCCGCGAUGGAGUUCACGGCCACGAGGCCCCGGACUGGAUAAAGACGGCCGUGAACAUCUUGGAGAAGUCCCUGAUCAUGCUGGGCGAGGUGGCUGACGGGUCGAUGGGCGAGGGCGUCGCUGCGGGCACCGCCGAGGGCCGCGCCCUCCUGCAGUUCGUCUUCCUCGCCAAGCGGCACUUCAACGUCAGCCACGGGGACAACGCGUGGCUCCGUGGGCACUUUGACUUCUUCUACAGGAGCCUCCAGCCAGGUUUCCAAAGGACUAUUGGGAUUGAUGACUCGGAGCUCAACUGGUACUACGGCCCAGAGGCUCACCUGGCCUUCCUGGACACCUACGUCCUGCGCAACGGCAGUGGCAACUGGCUGGCGAGCAUGAUCAACACGUUCCGCCCCAAGAAUGGCACGGGCGCUCCCACGCGCACCAGGCGAUGGAGCACCCUGCACCUGGAGUACAUCUGGUACGACGCCACCCUGACCCCCACGCCGCCGCCGGACUACGGCACCCCGGCGCUGCACCGCUUCGACAACUGGGGCGUCGUCACCUACGGGAGCCCUCAGCCGGCCGGGCCCAACGCCACCUUCGUCGGCUUCAAGUCGGGCAAGCUCGGCGGCGCGGCCGCCGUCGGCGACACCGUCCGCGGACGGCGCUACCCGGAGUGGGUGGCCGGCGGCCGCACGAAGUUCGGCAACGGGCGCGAGCGCCCCGAUCAGAACGCCUUCGUCUUCGCGCCCAACGGCGUGCCGUUCGUCGUGGAGGGCUGCGGCGGCGGGUUCACGUGGCACGGCAACGUGCCGAUGUUCCGGGCGGACCCGCCGGCGCCGGCCUCGCGGCCCUGCAAGCCGCCCUGGGUCGGCCAGACGCCGGAGUGGUGCGAACCGGAGGGGCCGCGCUCGCCUUCCGACCCGCGCCGCGACGGCCGCUUGCUGGCCGCCGCGGAGCGGGACGGGACGGUGUUCGUCCGCGGAGACUCGGCGGACGCUUACGAGGCGGGGCUGGGGUUGAGCAGCCUCGUGCGCGACGUCGUGCUGCUGAACCCGCAGCUGGCGCUGGUCGUCGACCACGUCCGACUCGACGCGGGCAGCGCGGUGAGUGGGGCGGCGUCGUUCUUCCACAACCUCGACUGGAGCUUUGAGCAGGAGGAGAAGGGGAUUCUGCACGGGGCGAAGAUCCCGAGGCCCGACGGAGACUACUCGCUCUACUGGACGGACGAUCAGAAUCGAAGCCCACGGGCCCUGCUGGUGGACGAGCCAUGCCAGCCGGGGUUCCAGAUCAAGGGCACCCACUACGUCCAGAUCGAGUUCGGCGUCCGCAAGCCGCUCACCCGCCUGGCCUAUGUCUUCCUGGGGCCGGCCAUGGCCCUCGACGGCCUGGUGAUGGUGCCCAGGGAGGAGAGCGUGGACGUGGUGGUGCAGGUGAACGGUCAGACCUACACGGUGUUGCUCAACUCGCAGCUGCUGGUGGAGAGCGCCAACGCCUCCUACUGCGAGGUGACCCACAGCUCGGGGGAUGCGAAGAAGACGUUCCGGGCGACGGGCAGCGCCACUGCGGGGAAUGCUUCCUCCCCCGGCUACAAGGGCGACCACGUGCAGAGACUCGCAGAGAGCCUUCAGCUCCUGGACGUGGUCUUCGGCAAGGUCGCUGAAGCGAGUGCCGUAGGCGAUGCGCUAUGGUGUAAGAACGCGACCCCCGGUGAAGCAGGAGGAGGCUUCUUGUGCAGAUGCCAGUCCGAGGGGCUCUGUCUGAGCACCGACAACCAGGAGUGCGCAGUCCGAGCCGUCGUCUUCGUGCCGCUGAACGCGACCGCAGCGAGCCCCGUGAGCUCCACGACUCUCGCGCCUGCGGCCUCGGGACGCGCAGAGGCGCGCGGCUUCCCCGCCGCCUCGCUCCGCCUCCUCCUCGUCGUCGUCGUCCUCCCGCCGCUCCUCUUCUCCAGCCCGACGUCACCCUGAGAGAGACUUCGGUGCUAUGGCGGGAGCUCUCAGCCCUGGGGGGAGCUGUCCAAGGCUGAGCUCCGGAGAAUAUUGUCCGCCCGCCCGCCCCCCUUAUCUGUUGGAAGGUCCGAGUGGGGGGAAGGUGGUGGGGAGAGGUUGACGGGGGUGUGUGUGUGUCUGUGUUUGUGUGUGUGUCUGUG